UUUAGGUUUCUUUAUCUCGUUUUCUGUAUUAAUGGAGUCUGGAUUGAAGAGAAGUACAGGUUAAGUUGAUACGAAUGCUUGCUUCCCUUUUUUUCCUCCUAUUUGGGGCUUAAAUAUGUAGAAUUGCUUGAAAUGUUUUGCAAGGGAAAGCAAGUGCUGGCUUUUGGUUGGACCCCCGUUGAACGAAAGCUGUCGAGCUGGACCCUUUUCUAAUUCUUUGGCCAUUGUCCUUGGAUGCAAAUGGAAAUGAUGACAUGGGAAGCAAAGCUAUCUGAAAUCUGAGGAUUCGUAGAAACUAGGGACUGUUCGGAACUUCAAAUUAAAUGGUUCUUGAGAAUUGUUCUCAAGCAUGUCUCUUGGGGGGAGGGAUUCUAUCUUGCCUUGAAACUUAAAAGGCUUCAAAUGGUUAUUGAGAGAGGGGUCGAAGGCCGCAUAGGGUCUGGGCAAGGUGGUAGUGGGAAGGUAGGAUAACCCCAGGUGACCUCUGCUCGUGCUGUCAGUUCUUUUAGGAGGAGGGUGUGGCUGUUCCCCAGCUUACAGAUUAGGAGGGAGAGGGUAUAGGUGGCAGCGGCAGUAGUCUUCAUGAAGGUAGCGGUGGGCUUAAACAAGAGACCAACCACAAAGUUGGGCUGCCUUAAAGAGGUGAUGGCGAUGAGAUGGAUCACAAAUCCAGUUGAGAACAACUCUGCCUAAGUUGGCGUCCAUGAUAUGGGGCAGCUCUCAGCGUAGCAAUUUUGAUGGAAUGGCUCACGACUCCUGUUGGGAACAACUUUGAGAUAUGAUGGAUUGUGACCCCUGGUUGAGAGAUGUAAUGACUUGCAAUUCUUGGUUGACAGACGUGAUGAGCCGUGACUCUUGGUUGAGAGAGGCAAUGUGCUCCUACUUCUGGUUAAAUCUGAGAACAUGGGAACGACUCAAAUUUGUUUGCAACGAUUUGUUGUAGCGGUAUUUGGCUCUAGCGGCAGAAAUUGCUUUGUCACAGUUGAGCAUUAUUGUUGUGAACGGCCAAAUCCAAUCUUACAGAUAUUGUAUCUGGUCAUCCUUGGUGUGACAUACUAUAUCAUUGGAAAGUCGUCCUUCAGAUACAUUCCUGGUUAUUAUGUCAGUGAACUUCACUGGUACACAAGCAUGAUAGCUGUAGGUGUGGGUGUUCUCCUUUUUCUAUUGACUAGCUUUUCGGAUCCUGGAAUUGUGACAGCUGAGAAUGUCUCCAAAUACAUCUCUGCCUUUCCUUAUGAUGAGAUCAUAUAUGUGGAGAAAGAAUGUUCAACUUGCAAGAUCCUAAAACCUGCUAGAUCUAAACAUUGUGGUAUAUGUAAUAGAUGUGUUGCCCGAUUCGACCACCAUUGCGGUUGGAUGAAUAAUUGCAUUGGUGAGAAAAACACACGCUACUUCAUGGCCUUUCUUCUCUGGCACUUUCUUAUUUGUCUGUACGGAGCAGUUCUUCUUGGAUUAAUACUUGCUGGCCAGUUGAAAGAGCACAAUAUAAUAUACAUUCUAACUGUUUAUUAUGGCGUUGAGCAUUCCUUUUCCAGACUAUCUCCACAUGUAGUACAGUGGCUGCUGGGUUCUUAUAACACACAAAUACUUCUAAUAAUGUUUCUGGCUAUAAUUUCAUUGUUGCUGGCUGGGUUUUUUGGAUACCAUGCACAUCUCUGCCUGACGAAUACUACUACAAAUGAGACUUUUAAGUGGCAAGACUACAUAAGCUGGAAGAGGAAACUGAAUGAAGCCAAGGCAAGUGCUGCAGCACUGAAGGCCAGCAUACAGACAAUCACUGGAGAAGCAAAACCUCCUGAAAGCAAAUGGAGGGCUUUUUUCCGCAAGUCUCCACUGCAGACUGAAGAAGUGAUUGUUAAGAAUAACUUGUAUGAUCGGGGAAUAAUCAGUAAUGUCUGUGAGAUCAUUUUCCCUCCAUCUGCCAGGAAGUCAUUUUCUCAUAGGAAAUCAGAAUAAGAGUGUUGUUGUAGAUUCUUUUUCUUAUAUGAUAGAUAAAGUUAUCACCUAAUGUAAAUUUCUCUCUUUAUUGUCUCAACAUUCCCUUGAGGCCAGUCAUAUACUACAGAGAUUGUAGCUUGUUGGCAAUUGAAACAGUGUCUCAACA